GUUAUGAUCCAAGAAGGCUUAUGCUGGUCCUUGAACAUGCCAGUGAUGGGUCACUUCAACAAUAUUUGAAAGAAAAUAGCAGAAACAUGAAUUGGAAUGCCAAGCUAAACCUCGCAAGGCAAAUUGCCGGUGCAUUAAAGUUUUUGCAUAAGAACAAUAUCCUUCAUGGAAGUUUGAAUUCCAGAAAUAUUCUUAUUCACGGGGGAAUUAUUAAAAUAAGUGAUUUUGGGCGAUCAAAGAGGUUGAAAAAUUUCUUAUCAACACUUCGGGGUUCGAUUCGCUACACGGACACCCGACAUUUAGAAAUUU